GCGGCGCGGAGAAGCCGCAGACCCUCGCAGCCCCGGGAUCUGCCGGCUCGCCUGGACCGCAGCCGCCGGGGAGCGCGGGCCCCGCGACUCCCGGUGCCUCCGGCCCUGCCCGCCGACACUGUCGUCCGGCACCGGCGUCGGAGCCGCCUCGCCCGCCCGCCCGCGGGGCCGCAGGCCGCUGUCCCGCCCGCCGCGCUCGCCAACUCCCGGCGGCCCGUGACCCGGGACAAACUUCUGGUCCAGGCGCGUUCCCUGCGCGGUCACCCUCCCGGAAGCCGGCCGCGAAACCGAAGCUGCGGCGGGAGGGGAGCGGGAGGGAGCGGGUGGCACCGCCCGGCCGCCGCUCUCCGAGCGGUGACGCCGCCCCCGCGGCCACCCCCCGCCCGGCUCCCCCCGAGGCGCCGCGGCAGCCGAGCGCCGGGCGCGGGCCGGCGGGGCCGGGCGCUCACGCCCUCUAGCGGGCCGCGGCGGCGCGGGCGGCCGUGACGUGGGCGCUCCCUUCAGCCGGCCUGCGGGGCACCGCCAGUCAGUCGGGGAGCAGGAGCCCCGCUUGCAGCCGGCGCGGGCUCGGCCAUCGGCGCGCCGCCGCCCGGGGGCUGGCUCGCCUGGCGGCGCAGAGGCGGCGGGCGGGACGCGCGCGGCCACGGCCCCGGCCCCGGCCACCGCGGCGCCGGAGGCUCGGGUCCCGAGCCGGGGAAGGAGAGCGGCGGCUAGCGCAGCCGCCGGCACGGAGGGCGGAUUUUGGCUCCACGGGCGCGCCCUCCGCUCCCUCUCGCAGCGGCGCAGCUCCGAGCGGGGCCGGCUGUAGGGCGGGAGGACCCAGGAGCCUCGUCCCCGGCCCCGGGAGCCGCCGGAGUUGGGACUUUUGCAACUGUUAGCACUUUGGGCGUAUGGUUCUGGUUUUGGCUGUUCACCCUCCUCUUCUUGCCGCCUUGGAGGCAAAGCUCCCGGCCGCACUCCGCCCUCGCGCCCACCCAGUGCCGCCGGGAGCGGCCCGGCGCGCACUCAGCACCAUGGGGAGACUUGGGACUUGCCUGGCGACUUUGACCGGACUUUUGCUAACUGCGGCGGGGGACACGUUUUCAGGUGGUUGCCUCUUCGAUGAGCCUUAUAGCACGUGUGGAUACAGUCAGGCUGAAGAUCAUGACUUCAACUGGGAACAAGUGAACACCUUGACCAAACCAACCUCUGAUCCAUGGAUGCCAUCAGGCUCCUUCAUGUUGGUGAACACGUCUGGGAGAUCUGAGGGACAGAGAGCCCACCUCCUCUUACCUCAGCUCAAAGAAAAUGACACCCACUGCAUUGAUUUUCACUACUUUGUAUCCAGCAAGAGUAAUUCUGCUCCCGGGUUACUCAAUGUCUACGUGAAGGUCAAUAACGGACCUUUGGGGAACCCUAUUUGGAAUAUAUCUGGAGACCCAAACCGUACAUGGAACAGGGCAGAGCUGGCCAUCAGUACUUUCUGGCCUAACUUUUAUCAGGUGAUUUUUGAAGUCGUAACUUCUGGACAUCAAGGCUACCUCGCCAUUGAUGAAGUGAAGGUGUUAGGACAUCCAUGUACCAGAACGCCUCACUUCCUGCGGAUUCAGAACGUGGAGGUCAACGCGGGCCAGUUUGCCGCCUUCCAGUGCAGUGCCAUCGGCAGGACUGUGGCCGGCGACAGGCUCUGGUUACAGGGCAUUGAUGUACGGGAUGCUCCUCUGAAGGAAAUAAAGGUGACUAGUUCCCGGCGAUUCAUAGCAUCGUUUAAUGUCAUGAAUACAACCAAACGAGAUGCUGGAAAAUACCGCUGCAUGAUUCGAACCGAUGGAGGAGUUGGCCUAUCCAACUAUGCAGAAUUGGUAGUUAAAGAGCCCCCUGUCCCCAUCGCGCCCCCUCAGCUGGCCUCCGUGGGGGCCACCUACCUGUGGAUCCAACUCAACGCCAACUCUAUCAAUGGCGAUGGGCCCAUCGUGGCCCGGGAGGUGGAAUACUGCACCGCCAGCGGGAGCUGGAGUGACCGGCAGCCAGUGGACUCCACGAGCUACAAGAUCGGGCAUCUCGACCCGGACACAGAGUAUGAGAUCAGCGUGCUUCUCACCCGGCCAGGGGAGGGUGGCACCGGUUCUCCUGGGCCCGCUCUCAGAACCAGAACCAAGUGUGCUGAUCCCAUGCGCGGCCCAAGAAAAUUGGAAGUCGUCGAAGUCAAAUCUCGACAAAUCACUCUCCGCUGGGAGCCAUUUGGGUAUAACGUGACUCGUUGCCAUAGUUACAACCUCACAGUCCACUACUGUUACAAGGUCGGAGGGCAGGAACAAGUGAGAGAAGAAGUAAGCUGGGACACGGAUAACUCACACCCUCAACACACCAUCACCAACCUCUCCCCCUACACCAACGUCAGUGUGAAACUCAUCCUCAUGAAUCCCGAGGGACGGAAGGAGAGCCAAGAACUCGUAGUACAGACAGAUGAAGAUCUUCCAGGUGCUGUUCUUACUGAAUCCAUCCAAGGAAGUACCUUUGAAGAGAAGAUAUUUCUUCAAUGGCGAGAGCCAAUUCAAACCUAUGGUGUCAUCACUUUAUAUGAGAUCACCUACAAGGCAGUCAGUUCCUUUGACCCAGAAAUAGAUCUAUCCAAUCAAAGUGGAAGAGUUUCAAAACUGGGAAAUGAAACCCACUUUCUGUUUUUCGGACUGUAUCCAGGAACCACAUACUCCUUCACCAUCCGAGCUAGCACGGCUAAGGGUUUUGGACCCCCGGCAACAAAUCAGUUCACCACCAAAAUAUCAGCACCCUCCAUGCCGGCUUAUGAACUUGAGACGCCCUUGAAUCAAACCGACAACACGGUGACGGUCCUGCUGAAGCCUGCACACAGCCGAGGCGCACCUGUCAGUGUCUACCAAAUAGUUGUCGAGGAAGAGCGUCCUCGAAGAGCUAAAAAGACAACAGAAAUCUUAAAAUGCUACCCGGUGCCCAUCCACUUCCAGAAUGCUUCUCUACUGAACUCCCAGUACUACUUCGCUGCUGAAUUCCCAGCCAACAGCCUCCAAUCGGCUCAGCCUUUUACUAUUGGUGAUAAUAAGACAUACAGUGGAUACUGGAACACCCCUCUCCUUCCCCAUAAAAGCUACAGAAUUUAUUUCCAAGCUGCUAGCAGAGCCAACGGGGAAACCAAAAUAGACUGUGUCCAAGUGGCCACAAAAGGAGCUGCCACUCCAAAACCAGUCCCAGAACCCGAGAAACAAACAGACCACACAGUCAAGAUCGCAGGAGUCAUCGCUGGCAUCUUGCUGUUCGUGAUUAUAUUUCUUGGAGUCGUGUUGGUCAUGAAGAAAAGGAAACUGGCCAGGAAGCGGAAGGAGACGAUGAGCAGCACGCGGCAGGAAAUGACGGUGAUGGUGAGCUCCAUGGACAAGAGCUACGCGGAGCAGGGCACCAGCUGCGACGAGGCCUUCUCCUUCAUGGACACGCACAACCUCAACGGGAGAUCUGUGUCUUCACCAUCGUCCUUUACCAUGAAAACGAACACCCUGAGCACAUCGGUGCCUAAUUCCUACUACCCAGACCCAUUUGUGCCAACUGCAAUUUUAGUGCCUAUAAAUGACGAGACGCACACGAUGGCCAGUGACACCAGCAGCUUGGUGCAGCCCCACACGUACAAGAAGCGCGAGCCGGCCGACGUGCCCUACCAGACGGGGCAGCUGCACCCUGCCAUCCGGGUGGCCGACCUGCUUCAGCACAUCACGCAGAUGAAGUGUGCGGAGGGCUACGGCUUCAAGGAGGAGUACGAGAGCUUCUUUGAAGGGCAGUCUGCACCAUGGGACUCUGCUAAGAAAGAUGAAAACAGAAUGAAGAACAGAUAUGGGAAUAUUAUUGCAUAUGACCAUUCCCGGGUGAGGCUGCAGACCAUAGAAGGCGACAACAGCUCAGACUAUAUCAAUGGAAAUUAUAUCGAUGGUUAUCAUCGACCCAAUCAUUAUAUUGCUACACAAGGACCAAUGCAAGAGACCAUCUAUGACUUCUGGAGGAUGGUGUGGCAUGAAAACACAGCGAGCAUCAUCAUGGUGACCAACCUGGUGGAAGUGGGGAGGGUCAAAUGCUGCAAAUACUGGCCAGAUGACACAGAGAUCUACAAAGACAUUAAAGUCACCCUAAUAGAAACAGAGCUACUGGCAGAAUAUGUGAUAAGAACAUUUGCUGUUGAAAAGCGAGGUGUUCAUGAAAUACGCGAGAUCAGACAGUUUCACUUCACGGGCUGGCCGGACCACGGCGUCCCCUACCACGCCACCGGGCUGCUAGGAUUCGUCCGGCAGGUGAAAUCCAAGAGCCCGCCCAACGCAGGCCCAUUGGUGGUGCACUGCAGCGCCGGUGCAGGGAGGACCGGCUGUUUCAUUGUCAUCGACAUCAUGCUGGACAUGGCCGAGAGAGAAGGGGUGGUGGACAUCUACAACUGCGUCCGGGAGCUGCGGUCUCGGAGGGUGAACAUGGUGCAGACCGAGGAGCAGUACGUGUUCAUCCACGAUGCCAUCCUGGAAGCCUGUCUUUGUGGGGACACCUCGGUCCCUGCUUCCCAAGUCAGGUCUCUCUAUUAUGACAUGAACAAGCUGGAUCCACAGACAAAUUCAAGCCAGAUUAAAGAGGAAUUCCGGACCCUGAACAUGGUGACACCGACCCUGCGCGUGGAGGACUGCAGCAUCGCGCUUCUGCCCCGGAACCACGAGAAGAACCGCUGCAUGGACAUCCUGCCCCCCGACCGCUGCCUGCCUUUCCUCAUCACCCUCGAUGGCGAGAGCAGCAACUACAUCAACGCCGCCCUCAUGGACAGCUAUAAACAGCCCUCGGCUUUUAUAGUCACCCAGCAUCCUUUGCCAAACACAGUGAAAGACUUCUGGAGGCUGGUCCUGGAUUAUCACUGCACGUCUGUAGUUAUGCUGAAUGAUGUGGAUCCGGCCCAGUUGUGUCCGCAGUACUGGCCAGAGAAUGGAGUCCACAGACACGGCCCCAUCCAGGUGGAAUUUGUUUCUGCUGACCUGGAAGAAGACAUCAUCAGCAGGAUAUUCCGAAUUUACAACGCAGCCCGACCCCAGGACGGGUACCGGAUGGUGCAGCAGUUCCAGUUCCUGGGCUGGCCCAUGUACAGGGACACGCCUGUGUCCAAGCGCUCCUUCUUGAAGCUCAUCCGCCAGGUGGACAAGUGGCAGGAGGAAUACAAUGGUGGGGAAGGCCGCACGGUUGUGCACUGCCUGAACGGGGGAGGCCGCAGCGGGACCUUCUGCGCCAUCAGCAUUGUCUGUGAGAUGCUCCGGCACCAGAGGACGGUGGACGUCUUCCACGCCGUGAAGACGCUGAGGAACAACAAGCCCAACAUGGUGGACCUGCUGGAUCAGUACAAGUUCUGCUAUGAGGUAGCCCUAGAAUACUUGAAUGCUGGCUGACGGCGUACACAGCCCUGCACACAAACCUUUCAUCCUGCAAAGCCAGGACGUGCCAUGGUGUUUGUGCCGAUGAGAUGAAGACUUCUCGAUAUGCUUAUUUUGCUUUGCCUAAUUGGCUCUUUUGAAGAGCCCAAGAAAGUGUUUAUAAAACUGCUUGCCCUGCCCGAUUCCCAAUACUGCUGCUGCCUGACGGAAAACUACCCUCAGCAUCCAGUGGUCCAACCCUGUCCUCCUAGGCACCAGCUCCGUAGAGCAGCAUGGACAGCUGGUAAAAUGAAGAGCACAAUUAUAUUCUUAUGAAGGAAUUUGUACCUUUGGGGUAUUAUUUUGUGGCCCGUGAACCUUUGUUAUUGUUACAACUGAGUGUACAUUUUUGUUCUGUGGAGAAUGCUACCUGGCAUUAUGAUAAUAUAUUAUUUUAGUUAAAAUUUGUAUUUUAACAUGUCGCAUAAUAUAUGUAGCUUUCCAAGACUAACAGAUAAACAUAUAAUGAACAAAGAGAUGUAUGAGCUGUUGUUUCUAUCAGAUUUGUAUUGUUCCCAAGGGAAAAGCUUGGGAGGCGUUCAGUUCAGAAAGGCGGAGGUCGAUGAUCAGAUUCACAGACCUGAAGCUUUGCCAUGUGUUUAUAUUGUAAAUAUUUUUGAUUUCAUCAAAUUAUUUAUUCAUUAAAAGAAAUUUUCGUGAAGCAC